AUGGCGUUUUCAACAGCUAAACAUCACCAUCAGCAGAAGCAGGAUCUGCCAGAACACAUCCGAGCCUGUGUCUUCUCCGAGCGGGCCAGGGACACCACGAGAGACGAGAAGUUCCCGGUGUUUACCAAAGAUCUUUACUUAUCUGUGUUCCCGCCCCAUCUCAAUGUCAAGGACAGGCAUGUCGAUGAUGACAAGGAGGCUGACCCUAACCAGUUCAUGAAGUUCAUGCGUCAUGUCGGGUCUGGCAGACUGGGCAAGAGCUACUUGGCUACCAGAGUGGACUUCACACCGUACGCUGCCACCAAAGUGCUCAAACAGAACCCCAAGCUGGUGGUGGUCAUGACCAUGAUGGACGGCAAGCGAGUGGACUACAUCGACGCCGUCAGGGCGAUCAUCCCCUUCACUUUCACGGGAGGGGAGCCGUCGCCGUUCCUGGCCAAAGUCAUCUUCUCCUUUAGAUCCAGUCUGCCAUAUAUGUAUGAAUACUACUACUUUGUCACCGAAUACUGGGCCCAGGCGGUCUCCCUGUGUCACAGACUUCAACAGGUGGGCAGAAUGAGCGAGAACGAUACUAAGUUCUACGUUACCGAGUUGAUCGAAGCAGUCGCUUACAUUCACAACCGUGGGAAAAUUAUCAGGCGACUGUCCCUGUGCAACAUCCUCAUCGACCCGGAAGGUCACAUCAAGCUGAUCCCUCACACCAUGUGCGACCAGAACCUGGACUGUGGACAAGCCUGCAAUAUGUUGGUCAAGAACUGCGGUGACCAGUUCUAUGCUGCCCCAGAGGUAGUCUUUGGCGUGGAUGUCCAGUACGUGGCGGACUGGUGGUCAGUGGGGGUCAUCACCUACCAGCUGCUGACAGGACAGCUGCCAUUUACUGGGCGUACAUUGGGAGACCUGGGCAAGGCGAUCACGGAGAGUCCUAUCCCCCCGUCUGAUUGUAUCUCGGGUGAGGCUGCGGCUUUUUUAAAACAGAUUCUGCACAAAGACCCUCGCCGUCGCCUAGGUUUCAGUGCAUUUGACUCUCUGAUGGACCCAGGCACUGCCGAAAUCAGGGAGCAUCCAUUCUUCCAGGGCAUUCAUUGGAAAAAUGUGUCGAAUCUCUUACUGCUGCCGCCUCUCGUUCCCCGAACAG